AUGCAAGACGACGUUCACAGGUUAGAAUCAAAGCAAGAGUUUCAGGGAUACUGUGAUCAAAACAAUUACCACAGAGAUUGUGUUGAUUUUUCGACCGUACAGCAUUAAAUUGGUUUUAGCAAAAAAUGUUCAAUGAAAAAGCGGACAUUGCAAAAAUUGUCAAGGUCCUCCUUCCGUGGAAUUGCCCUUCAAUUUUUCCAUCAGGGGUGGCUAUAUUUUUCGGGAAUAGAUUUCGCAGUUGCGGAUGGAAAUGCCCAAUAGUUUUAUUAAAGUUGAGCGGCGGAAGGUUUUCAUUGUCAUGAACACGCACCUGCUCAGAGUUAGGAGUGAAAUUCAAUUUGUGUCAUCUAAGUCUGCUUUUUGUCUUCUACUUUGCAGUUUUUCACGGAAAAUUCUCUGUCGAAGCCAUUGCGACAGUUGCAAAAAAGUCAUCCGAUUUCUUGGGGUGCGUUGCCAGGAUUGCAGGUUGGUAGAAGCUUGAGGAUUUAACCAGCAAUGACCUGACUGUAAAACUACUCACUAUCUAUGAAUAGUAAUGUGUAUACAGAGCACAACUGACUUGACAAUCUUUCUGUUCUGUGUUUAAAUGUUCAGGCGAGAACGAAUAUCUUCAAAUAUCUCUCUGAUUUAUAGGUUGAAAUAUCACCAACAUUGCUCGACAUCUCUUUCAGCGGAGGGCGAUCGUCGAUGCCGAAAACAUCAUGCCGGUAAGAGAAAGACAAAAUAUAACUUUUAAGGUGUAAUUAAUAUUUAUUUUAACUCGACAAAUUCUUUUCCUUCCAGUUCAUGUGUAUGAAUUAAUAGUUUCCCAGCGUAUGGAUGGUUUUGUUUUGUAAUGAAUUUCAAUUUUUUUCUCUUACUUAAUGGCUAUUCAGGAAAAACAAGAGCUAACCGAUUUUGGCGAAAAAGGCAGAAUGCUUGUGGGAAGUGGUCAUUACAUCACGUCACCCUGGAACAACUCGCUCGGAAAGGAACACAACAAACAAUUGUACCCUUAAGUGCUAAAGGUAAAAUCCGACAAAAACUUAUCAAUGGACUAUACGAGUCCUUCUGUUACAGCCCGAGGCAUGCUCUCGAUUUUCGACCGAAUAACUCGGAUGAAUUACAAGGGACACCGCUUACGGUAACAAUUGAGCGACAUCCUUCACCGGAAAGGUAUUACCCUUCACGAAUUUGUGAAAACCUGACCACAAUAGACCAAGACGACGCGGUUAACGAAAAUCUCUUGGCAAGCUCCAACUGGCACCGUGCAAACUCUUGGUCAACAUCAGCUAGUUGUGCAUAUUCUUCCGGCUACUCGUCUGCGAAUACAUCGUGUCCUUCUUCAGCUAAUUCACACCGCAGUACCUCGCCUACACCAGAUUUUUCCAACAUUAAACUUUUAAACGCAACUUUAGAGGAUUACAACGGUGAAAAUAACAGUUUUUCAGAGGAUGGUGGUCUAGGGAUUGGUACUGACGAUGUGGAUUUAGGAGAUGAGUAUUUAACAGAACCUUGCGAUUUUUUUGCUACUUGGCCUCAAAAGAACAGAAUGCAAGACAAGCAGAGAGUCAGCAAGCGAAUAUUUUCCGGUAAGUUGUGUCUACAUGUUUACCGUUCACAUUGAAACUUCGCGUUUUGCCAAGGGCAUCUCAGGAAGAGAGGUUUCUUUCGCGGAAAAUUAAACUGGAGAACUAGAAAAGCCGGCGUGUAUGCGAUAUUAGCAGUAUCAACUUGUUUUAGUUUAUCAUUAUCCAACAUGACAAAGCUGAAGUACUGAGUAUCGGCGACGAUACAAGCAAGGAACUCCUUAAUUUUAAAUGCCAAACUUAGAUGAAGUCUCUGCUGACAGAAAAAAUAGCUAAGUACACAAAAUAUCAGUUUCACUUCAAUCACGUUUGUGAUUCUUCAUGAAUAUGUAUUCAGUAGUGUGCGCUCGCGUAGUCAAUAUUGUUGAUGAUGAUUUUCCUGUUGUGAUCGCCGUCGAUCUAAGUUGCCCACCUGUUUGUUCUUUUAUCAUUUCAUCCGCCCUUCGGGGGCGAAAACUGAGCAAAAACCUGACUCAUUUGAUCAUGACCUAUGGACUUGAAUUAAAUAUCAUUCGCUACAUGCAGCAGCCAUGAGACACGAUUCGCCGUAAAGUAUCUUCAGUGUCGCUUACUGAAACAUGGAAACCUACAAUGUUGAUAUAUAUUUACACGGGAGUGUUUUUUCGUUAAAAUCGACUGGACUUCCUAAAAAUUACCGGUUCUGGAAAGAAAUUCUUAUAGCAGUAUCAAAUCAGUAGUUUAUCUCGGUAGCGCUAAUGCAAGUUUGGAAUCGUCUCGGGAUUAAUUGCUCAUGGUUGGAUGAUAGCAUUCAAUAAGCCUCGCAAAACCAGCUUCAGAGGAAAAGUUUCUGGAGCCUCUUGUGUUUUUAAUUCCAACCCAAUUCAACUGAAUUUUAAUCGUUGCGUGUUCAUAGCUCUAAGAGCUAUGAACACUAUUAUUCCCUCAGAGCUCAGUUAAAAAAAAGUUGGGAAUUUAAGAGGGCGAGUUUGUAGAUCAGAUUUUUUUCCUGCCAUAUUUUUGACCCUAUAGUCACGGAAAACCUGCUUAGUACUUCUAAAAUUUUUUUUAAUGAUCAGAAGUCAAAUGGAAGUCUAUUCACUUCCGCUGGCCUGAGUAAGGAUAUGAAAUUAACAAGUAAAGCGACAAAUUUUUCUGAAAUGAUUCUUUGAUCUGAUCAAAAUAUUUUAAGGCCCUCUUAAAACCCAGCGAAUGAAUUCGAAGCUGACUAUGGGUUAUGCUUGUUAUUAUCUUUUAACUAAGAUAUUAAAUUUAAAAGACAAAAAAUCUUACUGCUUCAGGGGACACGUUCGGUUAUGCAAAUGCGGAGGACUUUGUUUAGUCUCUAUGAAUAUGCUGUUUUUAUUUUUCUUGUUUGGUGAAAAUCCCCCGGAAAAAAAUGAUCAAUGAAACUGGUGUUAUCUUCAUUUGUAUGACAAGAAUCCCCCAGGACAUGUUGUGGUCUAAAGCUGUAGUUCGAGAAAUUUACUCAGCUUGAUGUCCAACUUGUCGAUUUUAAUGCGCACACCAGUUGGAUGAAGAUUAACUAGCAUUUUACGACUGCUGACGUAAAAUGAUCAUGACGUAUAGAUAAGCGAUAUUUUUUCCCGUUUUCCAUUUAGACAAUUUACUGAGAGUGAAUGCUACCUUAUGAAUUAGAAAUCUGCGCUUUUUCACAUUUUUACCUUGUCGUUUUCAAAAGACACGUCAAUAAAGUUAUCGCAUUUCUUCGAAUUGCAAUUAAUAAUGUAUGCUGUAUGUCUCUCAUUAAUGCACCAAUUUAUUUUUCUGCAGCUGAUGACUUCCAGGCAUUUAGGUAUCACGAACCACUGCCCACGGUAAAUAAAAGGUAAGACUGGAUCUCUUCACGGAUCACGUACAACCAAUUAACUGCUAAAGGAUGCAAAAAAAAAAAAAAAGGAAAGAAGGAAGAAAAAAAUCGUACCUCAAGGUUUAAGGUAAAUUAGAUACCACUAUUUCGGAAAUGAUUUUAUCUUGUAAGUCUCGAAAAGGAGAAUAGAAAAAAAAAAACGAAAGAACAAAGCGAUUUUCAAUUUUUUCUUCCUUUUGAAGCUUACUUUUACAUAUAUUAAGUUACUGUUGCGCAAUAAAUUGAAAAAUGCGAUUAUAAAUGUUUAGAGGUAUUUCUAGCAUUUUAAAUUCCUUGCGCGGGACUUUACUUUUUUCUUUGCUUUAUAAAGGCUUUAGAUUAAUAUUUUGAUGAAUGACAGGAUAUAAAAUGAAAAGAAACCAAAAAAGCAUCCACCCUCUAUGUAAAGAUCUAUUUUUAGCCGUCUUUAAUUGAAUUCGAGCUGAAUUCAAAUCGUAUGUUUAGUGAGUGUCAUAUUUUGGACAUGAAAGCAGGACUUUGUCAAUUCUUGCGAAAUCGGACGCGGUCCAAGAUGAACAAGAAGAUAAAAUUACAGUUGAAUACACGCAUCAGUUCCUUAAACAUGCUACAGAUUCUCCACUGUUUCCGGAAAAAAUCUAAGUCCCAAGCGAGUCUGGCCAACAAGCUGAUUACGGAUAGGUGCCACAUGUGAUUAGUAACAUUCAUAUUUAGUAGUCUUAAUGCAAAAAGUUGUCUGGACUGCCAGACGACGCAAGCAAUAUGCACUUCAUUUCAGAGGUGUUUUCUUAGUCAGAUAUUAUGACACACGCAUCGGAAGCAUUCUGGCUUUCAUUUAAAACAUUCUGCAAUGCAUCUUCCGAAUAAUGUGUCUGGUACGAUAAGUGACGGUAAAUUUUAUAGGCCUUACUGAAUAUUUUCUAUUGGAUCUUCUUUACAGCUUGAAAAGAGAUGAGCAGGAUGAAGAGGAUAUCAAGGUAGGGAACUUUUUUGCGGCAUCUAACGUUGCAACGUUAUUGUGUUUUCCAGCUAACUAAUGUCGAGCACGAUUGCAUGGGGAAUGUGUGACGUUCACGCUACAUGUUCCUCCUCUCUCUUCCCUCCUUCUCCAAUUCUUUCGGCGCCGCCCCAAAUUUAACCCAAAACACCCAUGCAAGACUAUUUCCGUAUGCAGAUCGAACUUUAUGAAUGUAAGUUUGCUUACAUGUAUGAUGCCUAGAGAAAUAUUUUGACUUUGAGCUCGAGAAUCAGGUACAAGACUUGUAAGUGACAACAACUUUGGGCGCAGAAGUGAACUUGGUGUCUUCGUCUUCAAAUGCAAUAGCAAGUUAAGGAUAACUUAAGAUCAUAUUUGUUCUUCUGACCUCUUUUUUACAUGAACCUUCUCUAAUCCUUCUCUCAGAAAUCUCUUCGAGAAUGGAGCAUCCCUUACUCAGACUUACAGUUUGGGGAAAUAGUGGGUGUCAGCCCCAAAGGAUAUGUUUACAAGUGAGCAUUCUAUCAACAUUAGUAUAGGUAAUAACAUGAUUUCGAGUGCAAUUUGGUGUUAAUAGACAGGAGUAAGUUUUUCAAAUACAAAAAAAUUGCACGAGCUCGUGUAGUCUUUAAAAUAAUGACAAGUGUUCAUUAACGCCAAAUUGCAAGAGAAAACAUGUUAUUACUAGUUAAUAAUGUACAUGAUAAAACAUCACAGAAAGUCAACAUAGACGAGAUUUCGAAAGCUCUAUUUGUAAUUUGCACUCGUGUUACAACUUUAAAAUCGAACAUGUGACUUGUGAGCGCACUUUUUUUGGCCAGUCAAAAGCGCGUAAUUCCUUCAGAUUCAUUAUUAACGAUAAAAUUUUCUUUGUACAAUGUUGGAGUUUACGGCUUUUUUUUUUUACAAAAAAUUACUUUGUGGAAUUGUGAUAGCAAUCAGCAGUGGCAAAGAAAGAUGCGACAGCUCUUGCAGGCCUUUAAAAACAAUUUCUAGUUUAUUGACGCCUCAAUUCUUUUAUCAUGUCAAAAAGAGAUGCCAUCCUUAGCUUAAUAGAUUAACCUGCACCGGUGUAGAAAACAACAUUCUUCAAAUCCACCUUAUUAACUAAAAAAGUGCCAGUUUUGGGAAUACUUUGUAAUGAGAAUGGGAAGAAGGUUUAAAUAUUGAAAACUCUUUUGUUGUAAAGUUAGCCUCAAUUCUUUAUUCCGUUUUAUUCACUUGAAAAUUUGUUUUUCAGGGGGAGAUGGCAUGGGGACAUCAUGAUUCACACGCGGCGGAGGUCAACGAAAGAAGACGUCGAGGAAUUCCUUAACGAAGUGUCUGUGUUGAGUAUGAUCAGACAUGAAAAUGUUGUUCUCUUCAUGGGCGCGUGUCUUGAACCACCCAACCUUGCAGUCAUCACCAGGUACACAUUUUUUGCUGUCUGUCUUCUUGAAUAUUCAUACGAAUUGUUAGUAAAAAUUGAUAUUCAAUACGGGGAAAACCAAUGUUUUAAAUGCAUUGUUAUCUUUGUUUCCAGUGUAAGAAGAGGUUUAUCACUCUACAAUCAUCUUCAUGUGCGGCAGGAUUUGUUCUCAUGGCAGUUUAAGAUUUCCAUUGCGAAGCAAAUAGCACAGGUUUGUGUCCACAAUUCAGUGAAUCUUCAAAAUUAGUUCACUUUAGUUGAGGUAAAUCUUCUGUUAAGUGCGCUUAGAUUACACAGCUGCGCUCUAGAAGAAUUUGAUUUUUAGUACUAUUUGACUGACACCGAUGGAAAUCGAAAAGAAAUCAACCUUAAAAUUAAGGUUGAUUUCAAAAUGCGCCAGAAUUCUACUUUGAAAAUCAACCUUAAUUUAAAGGUUGACUUGAAAUCAAUGCACCAGAACCGGCUUUUUGUAAAUACUAUUCCUACUGGAAACUUUCCGUAGGUCUCGAAAACGCCUUUGUUUUUUUUUCAACCGACGCCGUUCCCUUAGAUCAGGUAUUAGGUUUGUUUCUGAUCACUUGACUGGGUCAUCGUUAUUUUUUAAAAUUUUUUGCAGGGUAUGAGCUAUCUUCAUGCAAAAGGCAUCGUUCUCCCAGCCCUUACCACCAUGAACGUGUUUCUAGAGUCCAAAGUCAAACUCUGUGUUUCAGGAUAUUGCAACAGGACAACACGAGUUGAAAGGUAAAGGAAACUGUUUGUAUCCGAAGCACUAGAGAGCUUAUUCCCGAGCAAUAAAAUAAACAAACUUGCAUUGGUCUGAAGUUAAGAUGGGAGAGAGCCAACAUUACUCUAGUCUAUUAUUUACGCCGUUCCCAGUCUAUUACUAAAGCAACGCUUUUUGUUAUUUCAGGGAGGGAUAUGCCAGCAUACCACAAGGACACCUGACAUACCUGGCUCCAGAGCUCAUGCGCACACUUUCAAGGAAAGGCUGUGUUUUAUCCACAGAGGAAAAGAACUCUGACUGGUCAAACGUGUAUGCGUAUAGGUACGUUUCCUAAAAUUUGAAACAGAAAAUGAGGGCCUUAGCUUGAAUUAUUUGCUCGGGGGAAAAUUUUUUGGCACUUCAAAAGCUAUAGUCAUCUUAAGGUUUAUGAUAUAUGAUAUACGAUAUCGCUUUUGAUAGCGACCCAAACAUACUUACGAACACUCAAAAGGGUUGCAAUUUGAGCUAAAUUUUUUGUUAAAAAAUGCCAUGUUUUAUAGCACGAUCCUGUACGAGAUUUUAACUGGCAGAUGGCCCUUAAACUUCCCAACACAUUCCAUCAUAUGGAUGAUCGGCAAAGGAAAACAAGAAAGCGUUGCACAUCUACAGUGCCCGGAAUCCUUCAAGGUCAGUUGAACGACUAAAAAGCCAUGAUCAUCAGUUUCCACUUUACCUCUGUUUUUGUGUCAUUAAAACAUAGAAGUGUUUUUCACCACUCACCUUAAUUUUCAUUCUUUCCAGAAACUUAUAAAAGACUGUUGGAGUAACAACCCUAAAAGCCGACCGGAAUUCAGCCGGAUCGCUGAGUUUCUUCAGCAACAGAACGUACGUGUUAUCGGUUACAUCGCAGUAACUGACUCUAAUAACUUCUUUGGCAUCUGACACUUGGGAUAAAUACAUUUCACUGGGAUUCUGAUUAUGUUAUCUCUUCCUUGAUACGAUCGUCGGGCUUUGUAUCUCAGUUUGAUCGACCUUUUUUUCAGAAACCGCUUCUUAAAGCUAAUUUUUCUUUAUUGCUAUGUGGCUCUACACCAUACAAGAUACUGAUGAUAAUUGAUAAAAUUCACGAAAGUAGAAAGCAAUCCGUGCAUUUUUAAAGAUAUUUAUGGUUACUUUUGAGUGGUCAACGAUUAACUGAUAUCCAUUUACAUUCAACGAUAAGCAUGGUCAGGACUGAAAAUCAGAGAUAAAAUUAAACUGACACUCCGAACCCAUGCACCACAAUUCAUGCAACAACACCACAUAACACCAUGAUUAAUUCUUCGAGCUAAUCUUUUUUUCUUUUUUUUUUUAUUCACAGGUCCCUCCAGAGCUUGCUCGUAGAAGAAUCAGCUUCUCGGAGCCGGAAAAAAUGAACUUUGUUGGCCGUAAGAUGAAUACGUUAUCUAUAAAGUAAUUCCUGCUGCCAAACGUGUCGGCAUCAUUCGGCCAAAUAGCCGCAGUGAUUAUGCUUUAAAAUGAUUACUUCGAGCAAGUUUCCCACAGCAUACUUCCAUACGUAUUUGAAAAGGUGAAAUGCUGUUGGAAGCGUUCGACAAUAACUUAGGCCAAUAGUUAUUGUUUUUGCGAGAUGAAGAGCUUUCAGCAUAUUUGUAAAAUACUGAGUGGUGUUUCAACUCAGGGGGUUACCGUGCAUGGGACGUCCUCGCUGCUUCAUCGAUAAUAGAACACUCCACGAAUAUCUUGGCCAGUAAAAAUUAUUUGUAGACGAUAAUCAUGGGUGCUCCCAAAGUUUUCAGAUUACCUUCGUUUGAAAUUCAGUUUUUUUAUCUUCAUACCUUUUCAUGUUCAAACUUUCUGGGGCUGAACAAUCAGAGAAAACUAAGAGUCUUGUAAAUUCAAAGCUAUUAGGCCAAAGCAGGUGCCUCUAUGUUUAAGCGACAAGUUUACAUUUGAUAAAGAAAAAGCAAAAAGAAAUAAUAGUGCAUACCGUAUAUGCCUUUGCUCCAAGCAUGAAGACAGCUGUCGCUACAAAAACAAUGAUUUGUGAUUUAUAUGUGAUAUUUUUUAACUUAUAUCGGGGUAUUUUAGUAAGAAAAACAACCAAUAAGCAUCAAAAGGUCUAUAAAAAGGGCUGAUCAUUACAAUCGAUUGAACUACUGAAAUCAAAAGAUUUGUUUUAACACAUCAGUACGUAGAGAUACUUUCAUCUUUUAUACUUUAUUUGAUAUUGACCGGCAUUGUUGCCUUUGCAUUACUAUUGUAGUUUUGUAUAUUUUAUGAAAGUUUAAUUCUUUUUAUCUUUAUGUCCACGAGGUGAACUUCGCCCUGUGUAACGCACACAUUUUUUCGUAUUGACGGCCCCUCUGUAGCUCAAGGGAAGGAAUAAAAUGGUAGAACCUUGAAAGUAUCAGCAGAAAAAAAACUUGGAUUAUCCAAUGAAAUGUUUUGAAUACAUAUUUAGUGCUUUACUUGCGAGGUUCAACAUUGUGAUACUGUUCCACCAGCAUCAUUGGUGGUUAGCAUUUAAACUAAUGCAGUUUAAUUCAAGCUUAUCGCGAUAAGUUACUGACCGGUUCGUAUCAAAGCUGCAUCGGGCGCUCAAGUCUUAGUAUGUGGCAAACCUUACUGUUCCUGUUAACAAAGUGAGUUAAAACUUUGAGGCACAAGAGAAACGGGUGACCCAGGUAAGGGGAGGUUGAACAGAAAUUUUGCGAUAUGUUCCCUAUAUGUCCUAAACCAAAGAUUCACACGGCAGUGUUUAGUGGGACUCGUGUCAAAGGGUAUCAUUUUUACUCAAAUACAAAAAUAUUUUUAUCGGUUGUAACUUCGUCCAACAUUUGAGAACAUGUUUUUUUUAUACAGGUACUAUGAUUACUUUUUAAAUUUUGUGGGGGGAUCGUGUAGUAACUUCAUCCAACAAUUGAGAGCAUGUUUUUUAUGGUACAUUUUUUUCUUUAGGAUGCAAAUUUAGCACUUUUUAAAUUUUGUAGGGUAUCGUUUAUAGCAACGCAAGGUUCUGUCUCACUUCCCCAUGGGGUUUCCCCGUGUAUUAAUAUUUUUCGGGCGGCUUCCCACCUCUCCUUAGAGGUAGGUCAAGUUCACUGAGUUUCUAAAAGACGUUGAAUAAAGGGAUUAAUUUUUUGUUUGUUGUACUGAUCUCAAGUGCUGGCCACUUGAUAAAACUUCUCCGACUUGCAGGCAAUGAAAGAGAACUUGAUCAACCAACAAACAAACAACAUGUGAAGAAACAAGAUAUGAUUAAGUUAUAGGAUGAGCGACAAUUGAUAGUUGAAAAUGUUAUCGCUAAGAUCCUCUUCUCUUGAUUAGCUAUUCUUCUUGUGCUGGAAUCGCAUAGGGUGAGGGUAGGGUUUGGGGUACACUGCUAAUAUAAAAGUGACGGGGAUGUGAAGAAAUAUCGAUGCAACAUUCUCAGGCCUUGUUGUAACGUCUUACUCGUAAUGAACCGGUUUGGACUGAACGAAAUAGCGAUGGUACAGAGUUGAAUGGCUGCGUUUGAAGUGAUCCUUUUUGAAGUAAGGAAUUCGUGUUUUUGAAAACAAUCUUCAUUUGUUUCUCCGUCACUUUGACUUCUCAGUUUUGUUAAAGAAAUAGUUGAAUAGCAGAACGUGAUGUUUACUAUGUAAACUUUGAUUGAAAAUCAAUCUCAAGUAAGCUGUUACAUCGCCGAAAACAUAUUUUGUUGUCGUUUUCGGCUGGUUUACGAAUUUCAGUUUUAUUUCUUUGACGCUUUUUGCAUAUAUCAGAUCAGCUUCUUUUCACGUGAAUGCAUGACGAUUGUGGACAUGUAUAACUGAUUUAUUGAGUAACUGGUUAAUUGAAAGCCUGAAAUUAUUGUAUAAAGAAAUCUUAAAUAAAAAGUUUGAAAGGAG